GGCCUGUGGACGCAUGGCCAUGGCCCAUGGGGUGCACCAUUGCCACCCCCACCCACAUAAAAACCCCGCCUGCUACCCUCUCCUCCGGCUUUUACCCCUCUUUGACUCCACUCCACUCCACCACCCGGCUCCUCCUCCACCACCGCCCUCACACGCCAAGACAAGCACACUUGUUAGUUAAGCUUCGGAGAGCGAGCUUGCUUUCUUGCUUGGGUGCUCGCCGUGCCGCGCCGGCUGUGGAUCGAUCGAUCGUGCCGGCUCAUGGGCAGGCAGCGGCGGUGGUCACGGGCGGCGCUCGUCGCGUGCCUGGUGCUUAUCGCCGCCGCGUGCGCCGAGUCGGCGCGCCCGGGGCCUCUGGUGGCGGCGAGCGAAGGGCUUCCUGCCGGCGAGAGCGAGAGCGCGAGCGGCACAAGUGGUACCGACGGCCCGCGGAGGAGCGCGUUCGACGUGCUGGUGGAGGGGCUCGUCAGCAUCGGGCUGGGCCGGCGGUGGCGCGCCGGCGACGGGGUCGGGCUCGUGGAAGGCGACAAGCGGCGCGUGCCGACGGGGCCCAACCCGCUGCACAACAGAUGAGUACGUUCCAUGUAGCUAGGGAGCUAAUCACCCGUUAGCUUUGGACCUCGUGGUGUCCGCCACUGAUGGCAGUGGCCGUGGCCGCGCGUGGCGACGGCGACGGCGAGAGGAGCGGAGGAGGGGGAGGAGAAGAAUGGGAAGGAGAAGAGAGGAUAGGAGCUUGUAGUAUUGCUGUUCCCUUCUGCUUCCCUUUCUUCUUUUUCCCCCUUGAUGAUUUUUCUUCUUCUUCUUUCUGCUAGCGAGUAGUACCUUUUUGUUGCUUGUCUUUUGCCCUUAUUAUUUUCUUGUGUCCUUGAUUGGUUUGUGAAGUUGGACAGCAAGGCCAUUCUGUUGGUUGAAAGAGAUACAUAUAUCAGUAUACUUCUUUGUUUGCUUGCUC